AAGGUUAGCCCAGAGCAUGUUCUGGAUUGGGAUUGAGUCACGCCCCUUACCUCCCACCCCCCCCACUCUCCCAGGUGCAUGUCCCCAGCCACACCUGGUGGGGCAGCUGACUUGAUAAAAAGUAGCUCCGAGGGGGUGGGCGGGGGCUAUUCGAGGAGCAGGAGGAUGAGCGCUGAGUAUGGACAGCGGCAGCAGCCCGGGGGCCGUGGGGGUCGCAGUUCUGGGAACAAAAAGUCCAAAAAGCGCUGUCGGCGCAAGGAAUCCUACUCCAUGUAUAUCUACAAGGUGCUGAAGCAGGUGCACCCUGACAUCGGCAUCUCUGCCAAGGCCAUGAGCAUCAUGAACUCGUUUGUAAACGAUGUGUUUGAGCGGCUGGCAUGUGAGGCUGCCCGGCUGGCCCAAUACUCGGGCCGGACCACCCUGACAUCCCGAGAAGUCCAGACAGCCGUGCGUCUGCUGCUGCCUGGGGAGCUGGCCAAGCACGCUGUGUCCGAGGGCACCAAGGCUGUCACCAAGUACACCAGCUCCAAGUGACCCAGGGUCUGACAAAAAUAAAGGCUGAACUGUU